AUGAUGGAUAUUGACUACGAGCCGCCAGAGCCCCAAUACAAGCGUAAGAAAUUAUCAGAUCCCCAAAUCAAGUUCACCGAUGCAACGUCCAACGGCUACGACAUUGUAAUUGCACCAACAUCAUCAUCAUCAUCAUCAUCCCCCAACACCAACACUAUCACUAUCAGGCCUGCCGUCCGCCUCAAAACCGCCAUACGCAGUGAAACCUGUUUUGCUUUCUGUGGUCUGGGCUUGACCUGUCCUCGCCUCUGGGCUGCCCACCGUGGAGCUGGGGAUUACCGACCUCACCCCCGUGAGCUGCAAAGCACCUCCACCACACCCGAUGCCCUCGUUUUCUCCAAACUCAUCAAAUUCGACCAAGACACAGGGUUAGCCGGAGGCACCAAUUUCGAGCUCUACCAUCCCUCAACUGACACCUGGCUUCUGCUCGACAAUUGCUUUGAUGUGGGCCAUUGCUUGGCCUACAUCACGGACUAUGCUUUUGUGGAUGACACUUGGUUUGGGGCCCGCUCGCUUCUCAUGCGGACGAGCUUCGGCCGUUUUCAUGUGAUUGAGGAAACGCUGUGCGUGACGCCACAUCACAUUUACGAUCUGAGGAGGAGGAGGAGGAGAGAUGAAGAAUCUUUGGUCAACCUUUUGCUGGGGCCAGGGGCACCUCCUCAUUCUGUGUGGCUUCUCAAUGGCAAUAAGCUGCAGGGCAAGUACACGUUUUGCAUUUUGACGGCAGGGAUAAGGAGAAGAACCCGGGAACCUAAACUUGUAAUGGGUCUACACCACUGUGAUGUUGCCCGCUAUAGAGAGCAUGGGGAACUCAGCAAGAGUAUCUUGCCUGGGGAGCGCAUUGACUUUUUUCCCCUUGGCCACACCAAAUUUGGGAGAGUAUAUAUGGUGGAAGAUCAGUUUUUGGAGUUUUAG